ACUGCCGGUCCCUCCGACCCCUCCGAGCGCGGCGCCCAGCACCGCCACCAGCGUGCGGUCACUGAGUCCAGCCCACCCUCGAGAGGGAGGAGUCUGCACCAUCCUCCGGAGGCAGGAGCAUAGAAGGAUGUGUGAGGGAGAAGAGAGCCUCCGGAUCCUGGUGGGGACCGAAGGGGACAGCCCCCUGCAGAUGGACAUCAAUACCACUGAGGCGAGGGAGGACCAGGCGAAGGUGUUCUUUGGGAUCCGAGCUGACAACGGCCGGUACUGCAGCCUUCUCAUGGAGCCCGAGGCUACCGCCCCCAGAGGGGAGCUGGCCAGGCCAACUUCCAUCCCAGCCACCACCAGAAUCCAAAUUGUCAACUUUGUGCUGAACAGCAAGAUGGCAGCUGGUGACACGCUCCAGGAUUUGGUGAAGGAUGGGGUCUUUGAGGCCGUGUUUCCCCUACACAAGGGGGAGGAAGACCUAAAGAAGAAAUGGGCCUGGUGGAGAAACAUGUUCCAAGAGCAGCCAAUUGGUGACAUCAGGAACUACUUCGGUGAGAAGGCGGCGCUGUACUUCGCCUGGCUCGGCUGGUACACCUACAUGCUGGUGCCCGCCGCGGUGGUGGGCCUCAUCGUCUUCCUGAGUGGGUUUGCCCAUUUCGAAGCCAGCCAGAUCAGCAGGGAGAUCUGUGAUGCCCACGACGUCUACAUGUGCCCUCGCGGCGACCACAUCCCCAGGUACCAGCGGCUCUCAGAAACCUGCGCCUUCGCCAAGCUCACCCACCUCUUCGACAACGAGGGCACCGUGCUGUUCGCCGUGUUCACGGCGCUGUGGGCCACCGUGUUCCUGGAGUUGUGGAAGCGGGAGCGAGCCCGUGUGGUCCUGCAAUGGGACCUGUACGGGUGGGACGAGGACCAGGAGGAAAUGGUGCUGGGGCUCAUUGCCUGCCCUGACUACCAGCCCCGCUACGCGCGGAGUACCGUCAUCCUCCUGCUGUCUCUGUUGAUGAUCUGCCUGAUGAUAGGCAUGGCCCACGUCCUGGUGAUCUGCCGCGUCCUGGUCGCUGCCCUUUUCAGCUCCGCCUUGCCCUUCCUGGGAGAGCAGGUGACCACGGCCGUGGUGGUGACCGGGUCCCUGGUUCACUAUGUGAGCAUCCUCGUCAUGACCAAGAUCAACAAAUAUGUGGCACUGAAGCUUUGUGACUUUGAGAAGCCCAGGACCUUCUCAGAGCGAGAGAGCAAGUUCACCAUCAAGUUCUUCACUCUGCAAUUCUUUGCUCACUUCUCCUCCCUUAUCUACAUUGCCUUCAUCCUGGGCAGGCUUAGAUCCAGCUUGAUGUCUCAAGUGGGCUGCAGGCCUCUCCAGUUCCCUUCCAUCUCCGAGGUGAUGCCUGGCAGUGGGUGUGGGCAGCCAGCCAUUUUAACUGGGAGUCGGCAGUGCACAUUUAAAUUGAGAGACAUUGCUAAAGCACCCUCCAAAAAUGCUGUGCUGACUCACAAAGCCACACACUGUGUACGUGACUGCACACUCCACGUUGGUCUGAUGAACAAAGACCUUAAAGGUUCCAGGAAUUGGAUGUGGUAUCUUUGGCGGCCUGACAUUCCACCUGUCACAAAAAUACAAGCCCUCGCUGCCCUUCCCAGGAUCAACGGUAACCCCGGGAAGUCCGUGCGCCUGGCAGGGCUGUGGAAGCUGGAGGAGUGCCAUCUCAGUGGCUGCAUGACGGACCUGUUCGUGCAGGUGGCCAUCAUCAUGGGUCUGAAACAAACGCUCAGCAACUGCAUGGAGUACCUGGGCGCGUGCCUGGCCAACAAGUGUUGCUCGAUGCGAGCCACGUCCCAGGACCCCGAGCUGAGGCACUGGCGGCGCAACUACCGCCUGAACCCGGUCAACACCUUCAGCCUGUUCGAGGAGUUCAUGGAGAUGAUGAUCCAGUACGGCUUCACCACCGUCUUCGUGGCCGCCUUCCCGCUUGCCCCGCUGCUGGCGCUCUUCAACAGCCUCGUGGAGAUCCGCCUGGACGCCAUCAAGAUGGUCCAGGUGCAGCGGCGCCUGGUGCCCCGCAAGGCCAAGGACAUCGGGACCUGGCUGCAGGUGCUGGCCGUCAUUGCCGACGGGAUGGUCAUCGCCUUCACAUCUGAGUUCAUCCCCCGAGUGGUGUACAAGUACUGCUAUGGCCCGUGCCGACAGGGGGUCCACCCUGCAGUCGACUGCCUCACGGGCUACGUCAACCACAGCCUGUCCGUGUUCUACACCAAGGACUUCCAGAAUCCUGUUGAAAUAGAGGGCUCAGAGAAUGUGACUGAGUGCAGGUACCGGGACUGUGGCACCGCUCAGAACUCCAACUUCACUGAGCAGCCCUGGUUCUUCCUGGCCGUCCAUCUGACCUUCCUCAUCUUCUUCGAGCACGUGCCCUUAUGCGUCAAGCUCAUUGCUGGCUGGUUUGUGCCUGAUGUGCCUCAGUGGGUGAAGAACGAAGUCCUGAAGAGGAAGCACCAGAGACUUGGGGAGGCGGGGCUGCCGGGGCCUGGCCCCGAGUCCCGAAGUACCAGAGACUCCGGCCGAGAGCACAGACAUGGAGCGGGCCUGGAGCCGGUCCAGAGGCCAAGACGCAGAGCUGCUGCCACCACCGCCCACCCCAGCCCUGGCUGUGUGUGUGUGUGGGCGGGCUUUAAUUAGACCCGCGUAUAUGUGGGGGUCCUGGGAGCCCCUGUAUGUUUGAGGUGUCUGUGAGCUGCACACCUGUCCAUGGUCUGGGAGGCCUGUUCCACCUGUGAGGGCUCAGGCUUGGUACUGCCUGACGUGAACUCUGAGUGACCCCUGCCACCCAGAGAACUGGGGCGGGGUUGGGGGGGAGACAGUGCAGGCCUGUCCUGUCUUCUCAUGCCGUCUCGACAGGAAAACUGGCCCAGUUUCCUGGGCCCCAGAUCCUGCCCCACCCCACUGGCUCCCCUCAAUCAGCAGAGUUUUCUCUAAUAAAAUAAAACUGCUUUGUGUUAA